UACACCAGCAGAGUGCGUAAAACAACCUGAUCUGCUAGACCUGUUAUGAGUGGCUGGUUCGGUUAUUCGGGGUUGAACGACGGCGCGGUGUGUCACGUGACGGCAUCUGCUGCUGGCUGAGUGAAGCGUGUUAGCAGAUUUUUCUAUUUUGUACAUACAUUGUUUUGUAUAUACUGUAUAUGAUGACUUCAGUGGUCAGCAAUCCAGCUCGAGGAACUCGAGACAGAGCGCUGCCCACCACCACACAAACCACACAGCCACAAAAACAGAUACAGGCCACAGCGGAACAGAUUCGGCUUGCCCAGAUGAUCUACGACAAAAAUGAUGCCGACUUUGAGGAUAAGGUCAAACAGCUGAUUGAGGUGACUGGGAAGACCCAAGAUGAGUGUAUGGUGGCCCUCCAUGACUGCAACGAGGAUGUCAACAGAGCCAUCAAUUUCCUGCUGGAAAGCACCUCUGACACGACCUCCUGGGAGACAGUUGGGAAAAAGGCGCGAGGCCCCGGGAAGGAGGGAGGACCCUCUGAGACGAAGGACAACCGAGAGAAGAGGGAUCGCGAGGCAAGCCGGGGCCGCGGGGGUCCCAACAGGAGGGGCCGUGGAACCAGCCGUAGCCGAGAAGUGCGGUCAGAGGAGAAUGUGUUUGAAAUGGGUCCUGGAGAUAGAGGGGCAGACCGUGGUCGCAGGGGUAGAGGCGUUGCUGGUAGAGGGUCGGGGGGUCGCGGCAGAGGAAGAGCAGCUGGUGGGAGCCGGUUCUCCUCUCAGGGGAUGGGACGAACCCCUACACAACCCCUCUUCGCCUCCAGACUCUUCAACCCUGCUGACUACAAUGCCAACUCGGGCGCGUCUCGCCAGGAAACCUGGGAAACUGAGGGGAUCGACGAUGGAACAGGAGGAACAUGGCGAGGCACCUUAGAAGACUGGGCUGCGGAAGACUGGAAUGAGGAUCUGUCUGAGACCAAAGUGUUCACUGCCUCUGCAAACCACCUCACGCCUGGACACAAUGUGGACUUAGGCUUGCUGCUGCCCAAGACGGGCGGCAUGGAGGCUGAGCUAGGUGGCAUGGAGCCCCCCGCCGCCGAGGGCCUCGGGGGUCAGAGCCUGGUAUUCACCAACUCUCAUCACAAUGGCACUCGCACCGCCACACACAGCUACGCCAGUGCCGCCGCCAACAGCUACGCCCCCGCCGCCCUGUCCUCAGUCCUGGGCUCUGGUUUUGGGACUCUGAGUGGGCCCAAGCCACCCCCGGAUGAGGUCAGGAUACCAGAGCAGCUCAACGGGCCCCGGCUCGCCCCGCGGCCCAAUCAGCAGCUGGUCACAGCGGGCAACGCCAGUGUCGCCAAAGAAUCCGGUCCACCUGCAGUUGAAGUCCCCUCGCCCAUUUCCGCCAGCGAAUUCAAGGCCCCAAGAGUGGAGCAUGGCCCAGUUCCAACCUCUCAACUUAAGACACACGCAGUGGAUCUGAAGAUGCAGCCGGAACCAUCCCCUGUCCUCAGCAAACUGGCCCAGCGGCAGCAGCAGGCCCAGCAGAGCUCUCUGCCCCAGGCAGAGCCUCUGUCUCUUCCCCCCUCAGUCCCCACUCCCCCAGGCCAUGGCCACUACGACGCCGGGCCCCCGCCUCCCAGAGACGGGCCUUCCCCCGGGGUCAAGCUGGCUCUCGACCACCAGGCCCCCAUGGCUGAACCCCCACAGAGGCAGAUCAAGACCCAAAGACGCAGAGUACCACCUCCCUCCAAGAUCCCCUCGUCUGCAGUGGAGAUGCCAGGCUCGGCAGACGUGUCUGGUCUCAACGUGCAGUUUGGGGCUCUGGACUUUGGCUCGGAGCCCAGUGUAACUGACAUGGGCCAACAGGCCGAGUCUGCCAGGGAGCCAGCCUCCACAGCUGUACCUCAACCCCAGAUUAGCUUGUUCUCAAAACCUGGACCUGUCAGUGAGCCCCUGGGCAGCUUGCCAUCCAUGCCUCCUGUGUCGGACCCCAGUUUCCCUUCCCCGUCUCUGGGCUUGCCCAGUGCCACGCCUUCCCCCUCCCUGGGUCUCCCCAGCGCCGCUCCGCCCUCCUCCAACCCCUCGUGUAGCAGAGUGGACAGUGGCCCUCCGCGGAGCUUGCCCUCGCACCUGGGCUACUCCCAGAGCAAAGACUCCCCCUCCGCCCCCCUCACCAAUGGCUAUUGUGGCAUGAGGACACAGGGCCCACAGGACUCAACGACAUUGGCCUCUCAUACCCAAAAGUCAGAGUCGCCCCCCAUGAGCAGUGAAAGUGGCCACCAUGUUCCCUCCCCGGCCCCCAUGCCCUCCCACUCCGCCCCCUGCCAUCCCUCAGCAGUCAUGUGACCAGUACAUACUCGUCAGGAUCUGCCCUCUCCACUAGCUCCUCCCUCACGAUGACCAGUGAGGAGAACAGCAGUCUCCAUGCCUUCUCCUCCUCAAGCCCUUCGAUCAACGCCACUGUUAGCAGCUCCAAUGGCAUGAUGCACGGCCCCGGAGGACUUGGUCUGACUGGCAACGCCGCCCUCUCACCCGCCGGGCGCACCGCCCAAC